AUGAUGGACGUCAAAGAACUAUUGGUGAAGCCUGCGUUCUUGGUGGUUUUGGCUGCUCUAAGCGGAGUGAAUGGACACGGGAGGCUUCUGGAACCUCCGUCACGCUCGUCAAUGUGGAGAGCAGGAUAUCAAGUUCCGAAGAACUACGAUGAUAAUGGACUUAAUUGUGGAGGCAGAGAUAGACAAUGGAUCACUAAUAACGGCCAGUGUGGGCUUUGGGAUCCGUUUGACGGUGAACGUCAGAACGAGGCUGGCGGACGUUAUGCAACAGGUUUGAUUGGUCGGACGUACAACGGUGGUCAGCCAAUCAACAUCCUGGUGCACAUCACGUCGGCUCAUGGCGGCUGGUUUGAAUUUCUAUGCGCUAACAACGAUCCGAAAAGGGCGAUAACUCAGGAGUGCUUGAAUCAGUAUUUGUUGCAAGAUGCCACGGGAUCUACGAGGUUCCAUGGUGUGCCGACAGGAGGAACUGACGGCGCGGAAUACCUCACACUUCAGUACACUCUUCCUGCGAAUCUGAGCUGCACUCAAUGUGUCCUACAGUGGAAAUAUCAUACAGCUAAAGAUUGGGGCUGUGAUGUGGUAAAUGGGAAUGGCACACCAACCUGCGGACUGGGACACGGCUCACAGGAAGAAUUUUACGGCUGUGCCGACAUUGCCAUUCGAGAAACGUCUGUUAAACCCAAUGCAACAACAACAACAAACUCUACACCUUUACCUUCAAGCGCUCAACCGACGAAACCAACCACAACAACGACAACCAAAGCUUCUGCUACGACUACACCUUCCAAACUCACCGAAACACCCACAAAAUCAGUAACAGCAAUCCCGGUAAUCACAUCACCUACAGCACCAAAUGCCACCAAAACAACAACGACAGCAAAACCACCAAGCUCGUCAGGCGCCUCGGCCAAAAUUACAGGAGCAACGACAACAUCGCCACCGAAGACAGGAAUAACCACUGUCAGUCGUAGAACUUCACCGGCACAGCCGGAUAAAUCGACCAAACCUGCUUCGGCGAAGGACAUCUUGUCGUGCCAGGGACGUGGUAGUUUACAGGGUACACUGAUGGAUGAGAAGUGUCGGUCCAUGUGUCGUACUGGGAAGUGUCUGCUAGCCUUCUGCAAUGACGCUUGUCAGGAAUUGGUCUGA